AUGAUCAGUGCCCUGCAGUGCUGCCCACCUGUGUCCAGCAGUGCUGCCCACAAGUGUACAGCAGUGCCACCCACCUGUGCCCAGCAGUGCCACCCACAUGUGCUCAUCAGUGCCUAGUAAUGCCACUCACCUGUGCCCAACAGUGCCACCCAUCAGUGCUACCCAUCAGUGCCACCCAUUAGAGUCCAGCAGUGCCCUCUAUCAGUGCCACCCAUCAAUGCUACCGAUCAGUUUCACCCAUCAGUGUCCAGCAGUGCCACCAGCCAAUGCCACACAUCAGUGCCCAUCAGGAGUGCCCAUCAGUGCCGCCUAUCACCGCCCAUCAUUGUUGCAUAUCAGCGCAGUAUCAUCAGUGCCACCUCAUCACUCAUCAGUG